GCACUAUUUACUGUAAUUCAAGACUAAGAACUUUUCAGAGUCGGGGAUUGCCGUGCUUGCGCGGCACUAAAGAUCAAUUGCGGAACCAGAGGCGGGUCGGAAAUCGCUGAACUGAUGGCCGACUUGCUGCCGGCAGCGGCAGACCUGCCUGCUCCAAAAGUGACUCAUCGCCAACUCCUUAUCUUAUCCUAUAACAAGCAGUCAGACCAUUGACUCAUCCCUACCUAAAUGCCUUUCCGACGAACCUCCCCAAUGUCCAACGACAACCGACUCCCCGUCUCCGACGACAUCAUCGACCGAAUCCUAUUAUUCUCUCCAACAUUCACCUCUCUCCAAGCCACCAUCCUGACCUGCAAAUCCUUCUACCACGUAUUCCAGACACACCCAAAGUCCAUCGUGCGGGCUGUGGCGUCGAACAUCACUGGUCCGGCGCUGCCACAGGCGUUGGAGUGUAUUCGGCAUCCUGAUAUCGCGAAGUGCUCGUAUAGGUUUAGACCUCCCACUCACUGGGGAGAGUCGGACGAGGAAGAUGAAGAUGAAGAGGAUGGUGGUGGUGGUGGUGGUGGUUCGGAACAUUCCUCGGAUGAUGAUGAUGAUGACGACGACGACGAUAGCGCGCGCGCGAAGAGGCUUGAGAGUGUGGUGCAAGAAGCAAAUGAACAAAGGUCUAGAUCUGAAGAGAACAAUACACGCCCAGUGGGGGAUGAUACAGGAGAUAUUCAAUCAGCUCCCAUCACGAUUGAAGAAACCUACAAGAUCCUAGCGAAUGCCAAAGUCGUAGCACGCUUGGAAGAUCUAUUCAGCUUCAGAUACAUCAACCGCUCCUUCUCCACCAGCCAACUCUCCGCAACAGAAUCGCGAGACUUCCGCGUAGCCGUGUAUCAUUUCAUGCUCUACAGUUCCAUAUUCCACCCUGGGACAUGGAACCUCAGUUCCGACUCGGAAGACAACGACGACGACGACAACUACAACGCCAAUCGCAAUACCGCGAAGGCUGUAAAAAACCGAGAGAUGUUAGAGAAACGAAAACAAUUCCUCUCGAGGUUCUCUACCCCCGAUCUGCUCCAAAUGCAUAGUGUGGCGGAAUUUCUUAAAGAGAUCCUAUCUUGGUGUGUACGCGCAAGUGGUUAUCCCCCUGAAAUCUGCGACAUCGCACUCGCCGCCGGCCCCGCCCGCAUCAUCCAAUGCUACAACAACCAAAACGAGGGACUCGCCCCAUUAGAAGACAUCCUCGAUUUCUUCGAAGAGGAACUAGAAUUCCACCCCAUGGUCGCUGGGUAUCUUUCCCUUCCCCUCGAAAAGAACCUCGAAACGCGGGGUAUCAAACCCCCACCGUCGGAUUUCACGCAUUGGUAUUCGAUCUCGGGUCGUGCGGAGGAGAGUAAUUCACAAUGUACUCGAUGUCACCGUUCAUUCGACUUUGAGCUCUUCACCAGAAGCACCUUCACCGAACUCGCCACCUCCUCCUCCACCACCUCCUCCUCCACCACCACCACCACCUCUCCCUUCCCCCGCCUCCUCGAUACAACCCCCAACUCUCCCUACAAACCCCAAACCAUCCCUACAUUCCUCAAAAACGCCCUCCGGCACAACACCCCCGAAUCACAGUGCCUCCGCGCAGAAGGCACAAAACACGGUCGGGGGCUGCUGUUGCGGAUUUGGGAUGAUCUGUGGACGUGGGGUUUGGUUAGACAGGAAACACCGUCCGUGGGACAGUAUGAUGGGGUAGGCACGGUGACGGCAGCGGCGAUGGCGACGAUAGCGGGGGCGAUGGGGACCGCGACGACGAUGGGGAUGGCGGGGGCGACGAUGGCGGGGGCGGGGGUGUUGCCGGAUUGGAGAGAAGAUGAUUGUUUGUGUCAGAGUUGUUUCAAGAGUUUUCUGAUAGAGAAUCUAUGGGUGUGGUUACGACAAGUAAAGGCUAAUUCUGCUCCACUAGCUGAAAACUGUUGGUACGGGUACAACUGUCGCACACAAACACAUAAUCUCGCACAUGCGCAAAAGUUGAACGUACGUCGUUGGGUAAACAUAUAUCCUUGUUGGGACCGGUUGCUGAUUCAUGAUUGAUAACUUUUUUUUCGUGCAUUUUGUCUUUUGCCAUUUGGUCGUGGUUCUGGUUUUGAC